UAAACCGAUAUCAAAAUAACAAAAGGUAUAAUUAAUUAAACAACCUUAGAACUGUCUUCAUUUAACACAUAAAAUUUGUUAGAAAAAAACAACAGAGGUGUCCAUUGUACGUAGUGCGUACCUCUAAUUAACAAACAAACAAAAAUGUUCAGAUUAUAUCUAAAGCCGAAUUGCAUUUCGAUGGGUAAAUAUCAAAUAGCCAUUGGUAGUUCUUACAUUAAACAGAAUGUACACGUGUCUCCGCUAUUGAAAUCACAGAGUGUAGCUUUGAAAUUACCCACGAAUGUUGUUGAUAUUAACGCAUCCGAAGUAGGGAGAUUUUCUCCGAACAGAGAAAGAGAUAUUUCCGGUCCUGUUAUUAAUUCUCACUAUAAAAAACAACAUGACAUGUCUAAAAUUGAUAUAACAAUACAAGUUGACCCAUAUGUUAACAAAUAUGAUUGUCGAGGGGCUGUUAGCCUAUCUUCGUCCAUGCAGAGCAACGUUCCAAGUCCUUUCACAGGAAACCAUACUCAUCUCAACAUGCCAGGCUCACAAUGGGGACAAGGCCACAAAUACUUAUCAGAUCAUCUUCACAGUGCACAUUAUUUGAGUCUAAGAAAUGAAUACAGAGAAAAAAUUAUAAAUAAAAUUGUUGGUGUACGAAACAUGAGUACGAAUGAGAAGCCCCCUGUAAGUGCUAAAGAGAAACUCAAAAAGGCUGUUAAAGAGUAUGGCUCCACAGUGAUUGUUUUUCACGUAACAAUUUCACUGAUUUCAUUAGGCAGUUGCUACUUGCUUGUUUCUAGUGGAGUUGAUUUAGUGGCUAUUCUGAAAUAUUUAAACAUAGAAGAGGGAACUGUCUUGAAGGCUGCUGGUUCAAAUGCUGGGACUUUUGUUAUAGCCUAUACAGUCCACAAAAUUUUCGCUCCAUUCCGGAUAGCCAUAACUUUGACUGCAACACCUUUCAUCGUUCGACACUUAAGAAAUAUUGGAAUUUUAAAACGUGGUAUAAAUGCUGGUGGUGGGAAAUAAAUUAUAUUCAUAAAUAAUUU